CGCAAAACGAACACCGUCCCGGCGUGUUCUCGUCGCGAGCGGAACGCACGGCUUCCGCACCGCAAAUGCUUUGACGAGAGCAUCUCCCACAGCACGACGGCGGCGGCGACGAUGGCGGUGCUGACACUCUCCGCCGUUCCUCCGCCAAUCGCCACCGGUGGCAGGGCCGACACGUUCCCUCCCUUCCUUCCCAAACAGGUGGAGAACUUCAAGAACCCUUACGCUCGCAAGCUCGCCUCUCGCAUCGAGAGGCUUCCCGUGCACAAUUGCAUCAUGAGCAGCUGUGUGAAGCCACUAGUGAAAGGAGAGACUAAUCCGGUCGUCCUGCUACAUGGUUUUGACAGCUCUUGUUUAGAAUGGAGAUACACGUAUCCAUUGCUUGAGGACGCUGGUCUAGAGACUUGGGCCGUCGACAUUCUUGGUUGGGGUUUCUCUGAUCUAGAACAACUUCCAGCAUGCAAUGUGGCCAAUAAGUGCAACCAUUUUUAUCAGCUCUGGAAGUCCUACAUCAAGAAGCCAAUGAUAUUGGUUGGACCAAGCCUUGGUGCUGCUAUUGCACUUGAUUUUGCAGUCAUCCAUCCAGAGGCAGUAAUAGAUCAGAUGAGAGAGUUGUUCUUGAAACAGGUAUCUAUAUUGAAGAGCUUUCCUCUCCGCUUCUGGGUAAAUGUUUUGGCAUUCAGGGGUCUUCCGCUCAGCACCAACUUAGAUUGGACUAAUGUGGGGAGGCUGCAUUGUCGAUAUCCAUGGUGGGAGGAUGCUUCAGUUGAUUUUAUGCUUAGUGGUUAUAGUUGA